AUGUCAGAAGCGCUUUCAAAAGAGGUGGAACCCACUGUUCAGCUUUUCGGGACUCAACAUCAACGUUCUGAACUUGGAGGAGGCAUGAAUUUACUGGCAAAUCAAAUAGCGUUGUCAAAUUGGGAACGGCACACGACUGUCGAAAGCAAAGAUCAUGCGCGGGGGCCCUAG